AUGAAUGUUAACACUCCAGUCUGUGCAGCUUCAGGCUUGUUUGCGGUUCCAUCUCAUGGACGGUUCCAUCUCCUCUUCAGCUCCAGCUGCUUCUGGUUCCAGCUCCUCUUCAGCUCCAGAAAUCCCUGGGAGGUGACCGAUCAGUAUUUCCACAAGUUGAGAAGACAGAACAUCUCACUUGGUGCCCGGAGCGGGAACGCGGUGGCCGGUUCUCAUUGGGUCGGUGCUGGUGCCGCGUUUGUUCGGUGCGUUCCUCUGUGUGUCUGGUUGGUGUUGGUGCCUCGGUUGUUUCACGGCAGCGCAGCCGAGCCCGCAGCGAGGACGUGCUGGACACGGACGGGGCGUGAAGGAGCUCCAGGUGCCUGCGGGCAGGUCCCGGACAGAGGCAGCGGCGGGCAAGGCCCGGGGGAUCAGGCCGAGCCGUGCCCUGAGCAUCCCACACCAGCGACUAUUCCCAGACACCUUGCCCCCCCCGCCUCCCCGACGCGGGGACCCGGGUUCUCCCCCCGCCAGGUGAAUGGGACACGGGAAAGUGUCAUCGCUACCGGGGGAGCUGCGGUGCCGCCCAAAGACCACCGGGUGGCGCUGCGCUCUGCAGUGCCGCGCUGUGUCCGCCAGGCGGCGCCACUGUGCGGGAGAGAGGGGCGGAGCCGAGAGGGGCGGAGCCGAGAGGGGCGGGGCCUAGAGGGGCGGGGCCGAGAGGGGCGGGGCCAAGCCGCGCCCGGACGCGCCCCGCCAGCGCAGCUGAGCCCGCGGUCACGUGACGGGGCGGCCCCCGAGGCUUCAAAAGCUCCCCCGGGCCGGCGGGGGGCGCCGCUCCGGCGGGCGCACGCGCAGAGGCGGGAGCGGGUUCCGGCGGGAGCGGGUGCCGGUGCGGGCUCUGCCGGGCCCGGGGCAGCUGCUGCCGGGGGAGCUGGCUUCCACUCGGCGGGGCCGCGGGGCGGCUCUGGGCCCUGCGCGGAGCCGGGCUCGGACCGGAGCCCCUUUGGUCCCGACGGCCCCGAGGCGGCGAGGACGUGCCCGCUCCAGCUCCAGCCUGUGCAGCUUCAAGCCUGUUUGCGGUUCCAGCUCCUCUGCAGCUGCUUCUGGUUCCAGUUGUUCUGCAGCUCCAGCUCCAGUUCAGCUCAUUUCAGCUUGUGCUUGUUCCACUGAGCUUGGCCUUGGGCCAGAUCGUAAAUCAAUCACUGUCACAAGCUGCCUAUGAAUAUGACACAUGAAUAAAUAUGAACCAAUUAUCUAAUAA